GCGGCUGUUUAUUAGCUGCGAGACAUCUCACUUGCUUCUUAUCAGCGCCGAUUGAGGGGUCGUCCUGCAGGACAAGCACACAUGGGAGCCUUCCGUCCCAAUGACGUUGCGACGCCAUUGCCUAUCAUAUCUACGGAGUACGAGACCUCCUCUUUCUCGGCCGGCGCCGACCUACCUUUGUGCUAGGAAGGGGACGGGCUGGCGCGUGGCUGAGAGUUGAGGAUGGUCGAACCUUGCCAUUAUUCUGGUGUAGCAUUCCCGGCUGUGGCUUAUAUCUGCGGCGACGACGCUUGUGGUUCUCAUUGCUCUCAUUGUUCUGAUUACCCUCAUUUAAUGCGAUCAACUCUAGAUUCACGCCCAUUUGUGACCAUCUCGUGACUUUGCAAUCCCGACUACCCACCGCGAUGGCUUCCGACGCUGCUGUUAGUAAGGAGGGCCUCCUCAUCCCCCUCAUCGACUUCUCGCGCUUCCUCAGCGGAACGCCCGCAGAGCGCACCGAGACGGCCAAGGCAAUCCUCCAUGGCUUCCAGACGGCGGGCUUCAUCUACCUGAAGAACCACUCGGUCCCGCUCGAUGACCUCAAGCAUGCCUUCUCCACGUCGGCGCGCUUCUUCGACCAGCCGCUCGAUGAUAAGCUGGAUCUCGGCUGGACAACGCCCGAGGCCAAUCGCGGAUACUCGGCGCCAGGCCGAGAAAAGGUCACCCAGCUCAAGGAAAUCGACGAUGUCGAGAAGGUCCGCGCUGCGGCGCCAGAUCUGAAGGAGAGCUACGAGAUUGGCCGUGAAGGCGUCGACGGACUCCCAAACCAGUGGCCCAAAGACGGCGCCGUGCCCGAUUUCCGGACCGAUAUGCUCGGCUUCUUUGACCAGUGCAAGGAGUUGCACGUCGAAGUCAUGAGGGCCAUCGCUGUGGGCAUGGGCCUGGACGAGGAGUUCUUUGAUCGCUAUGUGGAUGUGGGCGACAACACCCUGCGGUUGCUGCAUUACCCGGAGAUCAAGAGCGAAAUCUUCAAGAUCAACCCGGGUGCUGUGCGUGCUGGAGAGCACAGCGACUACGGAUCCAUCACUCUGCUUUUCCAAGACAACCGCGGUGGUUUGCAAGUCAAGAGUCCAAAUGGGCAGUUUGUCGAUGCCACCCCCAUCGAAGGCACCGUUGUCGUCAACGCCGGUGAUUUGCUUGCGCGAUGGAGCAAUGACACCAUCAAGAGCACCAUCCACCGCGUUGUCGAGCCGCCCCGGAAAACAGACCAAACCUACCCCCCACGAUACAGCAUCGCGUACUUUUGCAACCCCAACUUCGAGAGCCACAUCGAGGCUCUGCCAGGCACGUUUUCAACCGAGCAGGACAAGAAGUACGGCGGGAUCAACAGCGGCGAUUACUUGGUGCAGAGACUCACUGCCACCUACUGAAGUAUUGGCCUGUAUCUGAUGGCAGCGUGGCUGGAAUACAAAAUGGGGAACGUCAUGGCAUUCUGGACUGCUAUUUUGUAGUCACUCUCUAGGAGGGAAUUACGAGCUCAAUGAACACAUUAAAACAUAUUGUCACGGGAAUUUGCGCCAUUAUCGCUGCUGUACGGU